UUCUUUAAUUUUGGUUUUGUGGUUGCAAAAGGAGAGAAAUUUUUGGAACUCCAAUUCACCCUCCCUCUUGGAGUACAUUGAGUCAACAAUUGGUAUCAGAGCAAGUGCUCCAUUUUGAAGGCUCAACCACCUAGGAGUUGAUCAAGGAUGGCUCAAUUUCAAGCUUCUGUACCACUUGAAGGUUUGUCUACCACUAAGCCUCCUUUCUUUGAUGGCACUAAUUAUACUUAUUGGAAGAAUAGAAUGAGGGUCUACAUGCUUGCAAAUGAGCCCAAGACAUGGAUUGUGACUUUAAAAGGUCCACAUGAGCCUAUGAAAGUUGUUGGAGAAAGUGAGGUGCCAAAGGAAGAAGUUGAAUGGAAUGAUGAAGACUUAGGGAAGAUCAUGAUCAACAACAAAGCAAUCAACAUGCUUCAAUGUGCUCUCAAUCCAACGGAAUUCCCUAGAGCAUCCGGAUUAGUGAGGAAGAUUCUUAGAAGCUUGCCUAAGAGUUGGGAAGCCAAGAAGACUACUAUUGAAGAGUCUAAGGACCUCAAAACUCUCAAGCUUGAUGAUCUUAUUGGAAACUUGAUGACUUAUAAGAUUGAUGUUCAAGUUGAUGGUAAAGUUGAACUGGUUGAGAAAAAGAAGAAUGUUGCAUUCAAGGCUAACAACCAAAAGGAAGAGAGUGAAGAUGAUGCUUGUGAUGGGGAAGACAUCUCCGCCUUGAUCUCUAAAGAAGUGAGAAGAUUCAUGAAGAAGAAGAACUUCAAGAGAUGAAAAAGAGUCUAGCAAAAUAAUGUGAAGUGCUAUGAAUGCAAUAAGAUGGGGCAUUGUAGAAAUGGAUGUCCUCAAUUGAACAAGGGUGAGAAGAAAGACAAGAAGAACAAGAAGAAAAAAGCUUUUGUCACCACUUGGAGCGAUGAUGAAACUAGCUCAACAGAAAGUGAAAGCUCCUUGGAGAAUGAUAUUGCAAAUCUUUGCUUCAUGGCUUAAGAGGAUAGCAACAAUGAUGAGGAGGUAAAUUCUAACUUCUCUAGUUUAAUUAAUGAAAGUUCAUUUGAGUA